AGAUGGAUCUCCUGCAGAAACUCAUGGCCAGAGAUGGCCGGAAAGCGGAUGCCUCUGGACCGGAAGAGGAAGACCCGGCGGGUCUCGAGCUCGGUCUCUCCUUAGGCGGCUGCUUCUCGUCCGACAAGAAGAAACUCGGUAGGGCGGCGUCCAUCGCGAAUCUGGAAAUGGUUCAGUCUGGUGAGCCGCCUUCCUUCCGCACAAACAAGCUCAGUCGGUGGUCUUCCCUUCCAGCGAAGAAUUCAUGGCUGGAUCCCUCCUCAGAGAUCGGAUUUCUGUUGCCGGAAAGGCAGGAAAUUGGGGAAUUGAGUGCUUAUGGAGGGGAAGCUAAACGGCAGAGACUGGCGGGGAGAUUUGAAGAAACCCUGUCCCUGGACCAAACGCAUGAGGGAGGGAGCAGAAGGGGAGCUGGCCCUGAUUUUUCCAUGGACUUCUCAUGUCGAGUCGGAAUGCUUCGGAGCAUCGCGACUACCGAUCGGCAGUCGGAAAUGGGCUUCUCUGGCCAUUUUCCGGCACCUUCACAAGGCAGUUGUUCAUCCGGUAUAUCGGACCUCAGCAACCGAACUUCUCAAGGAUUAAGCGGCAGCAAGAGCUUAAAAUGUUUAGACAGCCAACGUGGUGUUGGAGGAGGAGAUUCAAUUGCUCGAUCAGAGAGCGUUCCGGCAAAAAUGAAGUCAAUGAUGGGUGAUCUGCCCUACGUCUGCACUAGGGAUGCGGGCCAGAACGGGAAGAAGAUAGAAGGAUUCUUGUAUAAAUAUGACAAAGGGGAAGAAAUAAGGAUCGUUUGUGCUUGUCAUGGUAACUUUCUUUCGCCUGCUGAGUUUGUCAAGCAUGGAGGAGGUGGCGACGUGGAACACCCCCUCAGACAUAUUGUGGUAAAUCCUUUCCCUCCUUUCUUGAGGUAGUAGAUCACCCUGUGAUGAUCCCUUCUCCUUUUUUUUUUUUUGGUUUUCGCACACAAAAGAGUGGGUGAGAAAAAGAGGAAAAGAUUUUGUUUCCUUUUCUUUAUUUGGGGAGUUGGGGUUUGUUGGUGGGGGUUCAAGGAAGGGGGAGGAAAAAAUGAAAUUACAGUGUAUGUAACGCCUUUUCUCCAAGCGAAAGAGAAACUUUUACCUGUUGUCUUU